GAUAUAAACGUCAAGAAUCAAUGAUAACAGAGAGUAGUAAUAGUACAGUAUUAACUCCACCAUCAACGCCUGAUUAUUAUCAAUUAGAACAAUCAUUAACACCACCAUUUCAAUCAAGAUAUACACUUGAAUAUGAACAUGUUCGAUUCCUUGGACGUGGUGGAUUUGGUGUUGUAUUUGAAGCAAUUAAUAAAUUAGAUCAACGACGUGUUGCAAUUAAACGUGUUUCAUUAAAAAAACCAUCAGGAAAAGAACGUGCAUUAAAAGAAAUUCGAUGUUUAGCUGUAUUAAAUCACCCAAAUUUAAUACAAUAUUAUUAUGCUUGGAAUGAAUGUCCCCCAAUUGGAUGGCAAGAAGAUGAAGAUAAAACAUUAUUAGUGAGAAAUAAUAUCAAUACCAGAGAUUCAAUGAGUACUUUUCCAACAUCGGCAGCAUCGGGAAAUGAUAGUGAAUCAAUAAUUCAAAUAAAACAUUCGAAACUUUCUUCUGUACCACCUAUAAACGUAAUAAAACCAGCAACAACUUCUCUAUCAUUAUCCGACAUAACAUUCGAUCGUUCAUCAAAUCCACUUCGUAUUGAUGAAAAUUUUUCAACCAAUAGUAUUAACAAUGAUGAUAAUAAUAAUAAUAAUAAUAAAUCUGAUAUGAGCUCUUCAUCAUCAUCAGAUGAUCAAACAAAUGAUCAAUUAGAUGCAAAUAAUAAUAAUAAAUCAACAACAACGAAACGUUCUCUAUCAUCAUCAUCACCAUUAUUUGAUCAUUCAUCAGAUUUAUCAUUAUCUUCAAAUGAAUUCAAUGAAAAAACUCCAUCACAUAAAGAAGUAACAGAAAAUGAUGAUGGAAUUAUAUUUUUACAUGAUGAACAACGAUCAUCAUCAUCUCCAUCUCCUAUACAAACACAAACAAAAUCUUUAAUUGAAAAAAAGAAAUCUAUAACGAAUGAAAAAGAUCUUCCAACUACUUAUUUUUAUUUUGUUAUGGAAUUAUGUCAACCAGAAACAUUACGUGAUCGUUUAAUGCAAAGAACUAUUGAUCGACCUCAAGCUUGGUCAAUUUUUGAUCAAAUUAUUAAGGGUAUUGAAUAUAUUCAUUCACAAAAAUUGAUUCAUCGUGAUCUAAAACCAUCGAAUAUACUUUUUUCAAUGGAUAAUACAGUGAAAAUAGGUGAUUUUGGUCUUGUAUCUGCUUUUGGUGAAGACAAAUUAGCCAAAAAAAAGAAACGCGACGAUGAAAAUUUUGAUCAAAUACAACAAUAUGAAACAAGAUCAACAACAGAUGGGUGUGGUAAUAAUGAAGUUGGUGGUACUAUGCUUUAUAUGAGCCCGGAACAGAUAAAUCGUGAACCAUACAAUCAAAAAGUUGAUAUCUAUGCAAUGGGUAUUAUUCUUUUUGAACUUCUUUAUCCAUUUUCAACACAAAUGGAACGUAUGCAAGCAAUAGCAAAUGUUCGUCUUCGAACACCAGUAUUUCCCGAUGAUUUUGAACGUCAUGCUAAUAAUCGUAAUCAAUUAAUUUGUCGUUUAAUUCGUUGGCUUUUAUCUCAUUCAUCGCAUGAUCGUCCACGAGCAAGUGAAUUACGUCAAAAUACAUUUUAUCAACGCAUAUUACAACUGGAAGUUCCACAUUUAUUUUGUUCUGAUAAUCGUCAACAAAAUCAAACUAUUAUUAAUGGACAAGAUCAAACAUUAAUAUGUCCACAACAAUCACAAUUUUGUCGAAGUUCAUCAUCAACAUUUCGUCGUUCAGUUUCAUCAUCAGCUCUUCAUUCUCAUAGAGAAUCCGAAUCAGGAGACACAGAAAGUCUACAAUAG